AUGGGCAAGUCUCAAUCGAAGCUCUCCCCCGCGCAGCUCGACGAGCUGCAGAAAUCCACCCACUUUGAUAAGAAAGAGCUUCAGCAAUGGUAUAAAGGCUUCCUCAAGGACUGCCCGUCGGGCACCCUCACCAAGGAGGAAUUCCAAAAGAUCUACCGGCAGUUCUUUCCCUUCGGCGACCCCUCAUCAUUUGCAAAUUAUGUUUUUCGGGUAUUCGACUCGGAUAACAGCGGCAUGAUUGAUUUCAAGGAAUUCAUCUGCGCCUUGUCGGUUACGUCACGCGGGAAGAUGGAGGACAAGUUAGACUGGGCCUUUCAAUUAUACGACAUUGAUGGCGACGGAAAGAUCACCUACGACGAAAUGCUAGCCAUUGUGGAGGCAAUCUACAAAAUGGUCGGCUCAAUGGUAAAGCUCCCCGAGGAUGAAGACACACCAGAGAAACGAGUACGCAAGAUCUUCCGCAUGAUGGACAAGGAUGAGAAUGGGAGCUUGGAUAUUGAAGAAUUCAAGGAGGGCAGCAAGCGUGACGAGACUAUUGUCAGCGCCUUGUCAUUGUACGAUGGUCUGGUUUAG